UUGCCACCCCUUGCUUUGUAGAGCAAAGAAAGGAAGAGAGUCCCAGGGAGGUGAACACAGUGCCCAGACAACAGACGUCUACUGGAUUACCUCUGCGUUUAUUUUUGGUUAAUAUUCUCCCCUUUUCCUCCCCAGUAAUCGGCAACACCCAUGUGCCACUAAUUGAAAGACAGUCCUUGCUGAGGCGGGUACUUCAUGACUCAGCAGCCAGUGGCCCAGUGAAGCCAUGGUGGUGUCCAGCAUGGCCAUGCUGCUCCUGGGCGCGGUGCUGCUGGUGGCGCAGCCCCAGCUCGUGCCUUCUCGCCCUGCCGCCCUUGGGGCCGAGCCCAGCCAGCAGGAGCUCCUGCGAAAGGUGGGGACCCUCCAGGAUGACAUCCGAGAAGGCACUGCCACGAAUGGCUCCGCCCAGCAGCUGCCCCAGACCAUCAUCAUUGGGGUGCGCAAGGGAGGCACCCGCGCGCUGCUGGAGAUGCUCAGCCUGCAUCCCGACGUGGCGGCCGCAGAAAACGAGGUCCACUUCUUCGACUGGGAGGAGCAUUACAGCCACGGCCUGGGCUGGUACCUCAGCCAGAUGCCCUUCUCCUCCCCGCACCAGCUCACGGUGGAGAAGACCCCUGCUUACUUCACGUCGUCCAAAGUGCCUGAGAGAGUCCACAGCAUGAACCCCUCCAUCCGGCUGCUGCUCAUUCUGCGAGACCCGUCGGAGCGCGUGCUGUCCGACUACACCCAAGUGUUCUACAACCACCUGCAGAAGCACAAGCCCUAUCCGUCCAUCGAGGAGUUCCUGGUGCGCGACGGCCGGCUCAACGUGGAGUACAAGGCGCUCAACCGCAGCCUCUACCACGUACACAUGCAGAACUGGCUGCGCUUCUUCCCGCUGCGUCACAUCCACAUCGUGGACGGCGACCGCCUCAUCAGGGACCCUUUCCCCGAGAUCCAGAAGGUCGAGCGGUUCCUCAAGCUGUCUCCCCAGAUCAACGCCUCGAACUUCUACUUUAACAAGACCAAGGGCUUUUACUGCCUGCGGGACAGUGGCCGGGACCGCUGCUUACACGAGUCCAAAGGCCGGGCGCAUCCCCAAGUCGAUCCCAAGCUACUCAGUAAACUGCAUGAAUAUUUUCACGAGCCAAAUAGGAAAUUCUUUGAGCUCGUCGGCAGAACAUUUGACUGGCACUGAUUUACAAUAAGCUAGGAUCGGAACUUUUCCUAUUGUAACUUCUGGUGUACAUCUAGGGGGGGGAAAGAAUUUUAAAAAGGCAUUUAAGCUAUAAUUUAUUUGUAAAAUCCAUAAAUUACUCCUGUACAGUGUUAGAUUCACAAUUGCCAUAUAUACUAGUUAUAUUUUUCUACUUGUUAAAUGGAGGGCAUUUUGUAUUGUUUUUCAUGGUUGUUAACAUUGUGUAAUAUGUCUCUAUAUGAAGGAACUAAACUAUUUCACUGAAAAAAAAAAGAAAGAUUUUU